AUGUGUUUUUAGUUAUUUUUAAGAAAGAUACGCCGGCAAGUCGGCUACGAGCCUACGCUUCAAGAAUUGAUAAUUGAAUCGGCCCUGUCAAAAAUGAUACACUAACGUGCCUCUUUGACGUGCUUUGGUUUCAACCCACCACGCGUUUUUUUAAUUUUUUUGCAUUCCAACACUUGUAAUUUCUCUAAUUAUUCUUCUUUUCGGCCAAUUGAUUUUUUCAUCUUUCGUCUCUUUCCUCGCUUCCCUGCUCUAUCUCUCUGAUCAAUUCACCCAUUCCAACCUAACAGCAAUUCAUUCUCGCAGCUUUACUUUAUCUGCGAGAGUGAAAUUGUAAAAGGCGUGUUCUUUGGUAGAAGAAAAAAUGGUUCAAAUCAAGGAAUUGGUUUUUGCUGUGAAGCCGAAUUGUCAUGCCCAUGUCAGUGGAAGAGUAUCAGAUAGCCCAGAUGUACAUGGUCAUGAGGAUGCAGCAACAGAAUACAAACGGUGCUGAGGGUGUUGAAGUCUUGGAGAAUAGGCCAUUAGAGGAUGAUCUACUUGGAACGUGUCAAUACACAUCCAAAGUUUAUCGGUUGCAAAGCAAAGCACCCACUUGGCUUACAACUUUUGCACCAGCGGAUGCCCUCAUCAUGCAAGAAGAAGCUUGGAAUGCGUAUCCAAGAUGCAAAACAGUAAUCAAGUGCCCGUAUUUCACCAAGUUUUCUUUGACUGUUGAAACUAUUCAUAGGGCUGACAACGGUCAAUCAGAAAAUGUGCAUGGUUUAACCAAAGAACAACUAGCAGUCAGGCAGGUCGAAUAUAUUGAUAUAGCUUCAGCAGAGACAGAUUAUUGGAGUUAUGCAAUUGGAAGUAACAAUAUGGACUUCUCUAAAUUCAAAUCCUUGAGAACUGGUCGUGGUCCACUUUUGGAUGGAUGGCAGGAUAGGUGCAAUCCCGUUAUGACAGCAUACAAGUUGGUAACAGUAGAUGCACCAUACUGGGGCUUUGGUUAUCGACUUGAACAGGCUUUAUUAGCGGGGGAAAGGGCUCUUUUCUUAGAGAGUCAUCGGAAUUGUUUUGUUUGGAUUGAUGAAUGGUGUGAGAUGACAAUGCAACAAUUACGUGAACUUGAACGACAGAGCGAUUCAUCAUUAAAUAAGAAAAUUGGGAUGCCAACAGCAAUGGCAACAGCAGAAGAAUUCGACCAGAGAUUGUUGCUUGACAAUGAAGAUGCUAACAGCAAGAGGAUUCAAGUUGCUGUUGAUACUUAGGAAACAAAAUUGGAUGAAGUCUCCAUAUUGGAAUUGUUUUGUAAUGUUAUUAGAAUUAUUUAAUUUGAUUACUUAAUCAUCCUCCACAAGAAAUUGUAAAUUUGAUGAUAGCAGAUAUAUUAUUCUUUUGGAGGAGGCCAUAGUUAUGUCGUAUGUAUAUUAGGAUAUUAUUGGCAACAUUUUCUGAAGAAAAAAUCACAGUUUUUUUCUUAUUGACUUAAUUUUCACAA